GUGCAUAUAACUGACGUUAAUGACAAGGUUUGCAACAUUGCUGACUGACCAUUACAAGACAAAAUUUGACAGUUAACCCUGCUAUCAGAGUGAAAGCUUUGUUUUUGGAAUUUCAUUUUGCAAAUUCAUUCAGGUUUUUAAAGGAUACGAUGGUGUUAGUCGACACUGAUGUGGAAAUGAAAAGUGCCGACAGCCCUGCCGGGCCUGAGGCUGGGGACAGCAAGAGAGACGCCGAUUUGCAGAAUUUACAGGAAAUCAGGGAACAUGCCAGGCAAAUCGAAAAGGCAGUCUCCAGCAAGGAAAGCCGUUUUAUUCUUAGAAUCCUAAGGUGUUUGCCUAAUACACGAAGGAAGCUAAGUGGUGUAGUUCUGAGGAGCUUAAUAGUCCAAAUAUACCCGGUUGCAGACAGAGAAGUGUUAUUAACAUUUGUGGAGGAGGCUACAGGAGAAUUGGACAGUUCUCAAACCAGAACACGUUCUGCAACUAAGAGUCCUGUUCCAGAAGUGGAUGCGUACAUUCACCUGCUAAUCUUGGUUAGAUUGGUAGAUACAAAUAAAUUAGAAGAAGCUUCCCGAUGUUCUCAGGCAUUGAUGCUCAAAAUUACUAGUCAGAAUCGUAGAACAAUCGACUUGGUAGCAGCUAAAUGUUAUUUUUAUCAUUCAAGAGUGGCUGAGUUAACAGAAAAGUUGGAUACAAUCCGAGCUUUUCUUCAUGCUAGACUACGUACAGCGACUCUUCGUAAUGAUUUCGAAGGACAGGCUGUUUUAAUUAACUGUCUGUUGAGAAAUUAUCUUCACUAUUCCUUAUAUGAUCAAGCCGACAAGUUGGUUUCAAAAUGUGUUUUUCCUGAAACAGCCAGUAACAAUGAGUGGGCCCGCUUUUUGUAUUAUUUAGGUCGAAUUAAAGCUGCUAGGCUGGAAUACAGUGUUGCCUAUAAACAUCUAGUGCAGGCUAUGAGGAAGGCACCCCAAAAUACUGCAGUUGGCUUCAGGCAGACUGUUCAAAAGCUGCUGGUUGUUGUCGAAUUGCUGCUGGGAGAUAUACCUGAGCGGCAAAUAUUCAGACAAGCUUCUAUGCGUCACUCACUUGCCCCGUACUUCCAAUUGACCCAAGCUGUUCGUAUGGGCAAUCUUCACCGCUUUGGAGAAGUUCUGGAGAAUUUUGGACCUCAGUUCAGACAAGAUCACACAUAUACUUUGAUCCUGCGAUUGCGCCAUAAUGUAAUUAAAACAGCCAUCCGAAGUAUUGGAUUAUCCUAUUCGAGAAUUUCCCCUCAAGAUAUUGCCAGAAAGUUGGGUCUGGAUUCGACCGAGGAUGCGGAAUUUAUUGUGGCCAAGGCAAUUAGAGAUGGCGUAAUCGAAGCUACUCUGGAUCCUGAAGGUGGCUACAUGAGGAGUAAGGAGAGCACCGACAUAUAUUGCACUAAAGAACCGCAAAUGGCGUUUCACCAACGAAUAUCGUUUUGUCUUGACUUGCAUAAUCAGAGUGUGAAAGCUAUGCGAUAUCCCCCGAAAGCAUAUGGCAAAGAGUUGGAAAGUGCAGAAGAAAGACGCGAAAGGGAAGCCCAAGACCUCGAACUGGCCAAAGAGAUGGCAGAAGAGGAUGACGAUGGCUUCCCUUAGAUAGAUAUUGUAUCGAUUUUUGCAUCUGUUUAUUGGAGUUAAUUUAACCUACCUAAUUAUAUUUAAUACAAAAAUAGUGUUGAUUCUUAAAUAAAACAAUUUUUGGUUUAAUAAAAAA